AAAAAUGAGAGCACUCAUCACAAUUUGCUUAGUGGCUGCUGUAUUUGCCGCAGAUACAAACAAAUUUGCUGUCCUCCUCCAAACUGGUACAAGAGGAAAUGAUGCUGUUGAAUCAGUGUACAACCUCUUGAGAGAUCUCAAGACAGAGAAUGUUAAUGUCUAAGCUGCUGCAGACAAAAAGAAUAACACUGAUGAGGGUAAGCUUUAUUUUAUUAUAUCUUUCUAGAAAUCUUUUCUUAAGUUAUUGGUGACUUGACAAAUGUCGCCUCCCUCAAUAAAUAAUAAUGGGAAGCCCUCGGUGCAGUUAGAGUUGAUGUUGAAGCCUAAGUCAGGGUAUGAUUUAUAAAUAAUUCUCAAAGGAUGGAUAUUAAUGGUUGGCCUGGGCUGAAGGCAGACUUGCUGAAAUCGAAAGAAGAAAUGCAUAACUCUAAGAUUAAAGAUGUUGGGCCAAUGGACUCUUCGUUAAAUCACUUGCUGAUCAUGCUGAUGCCAUCGGAGUAGUCACACUCUUGGAACAAGACGUCGCUGGAUUCCUCACAAACAAUGCUGGAGUUGAACUCGUUGAAAAAGCCUAAUCAAUCGCUGACAAAUUGUCUGCCUACAGUCACCUCUUCUAAUAAGACGCCCUCUAGAAAUUCCAAUCCCUUGCCGAAGUUAAGAGAGACGGAACAACUGGAGAACAAGUCCUUUCCAUCUUACAAGAUUUACAAGGAGAAUUGGAAUCAACACUCGCCACACUCUAAGAAUAAGAAAUCCACGCUGCUUUCGCUCUUGCCAAAUACGUUUCAGACACAAACGCUGAAGUUGCAUGGUUGAACUCCGAACACGAAAGAAGAACAAACCUUGUUGAAAAAUUGGAAACUGUACUCAUUUCCCCCUAAUCAUUUAGUAACUCCCAGCCGUCUUAGCCCAAUAAGCCAAGGCCCUCAAAUUAUGGAAAGAUUCAUUAAACGCCGUUGCUGGUGCCACUGCUGACUUGGAAGAAAAGAGAGAAUUCUAUGCCUCAGAAACCGUCAGAAGAGCCGGUAACUAUCUCGACAUAUAUUUUUAGAGGAAAAUGCUAUCAUUGAUGUCGUUAUCCAACUCUUCAAAGAUUAAGUCAGAUCAUUAGCUUCAUAAACAUCCCUUAAUAGACAUUGAUGGGAUUAUUCAUAUAAGAAUUUAUCUUAAUUCAUUCAUUC